AGUCAAUCUUUCCAAUCUUUUCAAAGCAUAUAUUUUCUUCGUUAUUUUAAUUUUAUUAUUUAUUUUUUAUUUAUAAAAUCAAUCAAUUUGAUUCAAAUUUACAUUUAAUCUUCCAAGUUUACUCAUUGUUAUAAACUUGAUUAGUAAUAAAUAUAAAAUAUAUUUGUAGAUCUUAUUCUUAAAUAUUCUGAAAUUUUAUUUUUUUAAUUUUUAAUAAAAAUUGUUUAAUUUAGCUUUUUAUUUUUUUAUAUUAUAUUGCUUUCUCAUUGUGGUAUUAAUAUAACAUAAAUUUUAUUAAAUUGAAAAAGUAAAGAAUGAAUAAGAAAUAAUGCAAAUUUUUUUUUUUUUGAUAAUGAUAUGUAAAAAAUAUAUAUAAAUUCUUCGAUACAAAGGAAGAAGAGGAGAAAUAGUUAGCAAAAUUUAAAAGAUUAUCUUAAUUAUCAUAACAACUGGUAACAUCUCCUUCGAAUCAAUAUUUUUUUAACGAUUAGUAUCGAUCGACAACCUCUGUUUUUCGUAAGAUGUUCGAAUAAUUGAAACUGCAAAAGAAUAAAAAACACGUGAUUUGGAUGAAUCGAAGGUCAUUCUGCAAAAAUUAUAGGGUGGAAGCCUGCUGAAUGGAAUUACAAGUUGGAAACCAAGAAAAGGAAAAGUAGGUCGACUAGUAGGACAAUAAACCGAUAGGCUCUGCAUUGUUUCCAAGCCACGUGGUGGUGAUUACACCGUGAAAUGCCAGUGCGUCAAUUGUGGCCACAUAUCGAUCCCGUAAGUUUCCAUUCGGUGGCGACCUCUUCUGCGUGCGCACCCUUUUCAUUUCGGUUAUUUACCAAGCACCCUUAGACCGAGUCAGGAGAACUUUGGAGAACGUGCAAAUGGUGAGAAGGAAAUCGAGGAAGCAUAGAUAACAAGAAAAUUAAAUCGGGUAGACCGAUAAGGUGCGCGUAACUAGAACCAAGAAGCUUACAGAUUUGAAGAGUAACGACACAAAAAUAGAGCAUUUUGAUUGACAUUUAAUAAGACGGAUAGAGAAAAAUAUAGAAAACGUAGUGAAGAACACAUAAAUAGAGAUAUAGAACAUUAGUGAAACAAAAGUUCCGUUUUUCAAAAAAAGAAAAAAAAUAGAAGAAGAUAGUAUAAUAAGUGAAAGAAGACAGUUUGCCAGCUAAAGCAAACGAAGGGGAAGAAAAGUAACAUAACUCCAAUGUAUUACGGUCCCCCUCGCGUAAACGAAAUUACAGAAAUAUGUCGUUACCACGAGAAUGGUGCCUGCAGGAUUCGGUUGAACGUGACGCUGUCGCACCGACGACAGCGUCGCAGGAGAUGGUCGGCACGACUGUCAUCGACGAAAAUAUGAAUCAACAAAAUCAACUGGGUUCCCUUUUGUCUAUACAUUCAGCGCCUGUCUUCGAUUUGAGUACAGGUAUGCCAUCGCCUAAGAGACCAGCUUCUUUAGCCGUCCAGGCGACAGCAACUUCGACGCCAGUUGUACCACCGCAUCUUCAAAGUCCAGAGACGAUAGAGGACGAAGAUAACGACAAUCUCUUGACUAUAUCGAGUCUCACGGCUAGACCGUUGAUUGCCAAAUCUCGAGAACUUCGAUCAACUAAAAACUCUAGUACGAAAAAGAAGAAACCUAAAAAAAGCGAAACGAAAAAAAAAUCAAGAAAUAUUACAUACGUUCCAUUAGAUGGUGGUUACGGUUGGAUUAUCGUAUUCGGGGCGUUUUUCGUUCAGUUUUGGGUGACUGGACUUAUGAAAUCUUAUGGAGUGCUGUAUGUUGAGGUGAUGGAAACGUUUAAGGAUUCCUCAGCGUCUGUUGCUUCCUGGAUACCAGCUAUUUUAUCUUGUCUUUGUCUCGCACUUGCUCCAGUGACGAGUAUGUUGUGUCAGAAAUACAGUUGUCGGGCUGUCGUUUUCGUCGGUGGAUUGUUUUGCGCUUUAGGAUUAACAAUAAGUUAUUUUGCCACGAGCUUGAUACAUCUCUUUUUUACAUUCGGUGUUUUGACAGGAAUUGGUGGUGGUCUCUCGACAACACCAGGUAUUAUCCUCGUUUCUCAAUAUUUCGACAAGCAUCGUGCCCUAGCAAAUGGUAUAUGUGUAUCUGGUACAGCGGCUGGUAGUUUCGUGUUUCCACUUUUAAUCAAGAUUCUAGUGGAUAAUUUUGGUUUUCACGGUACUAUUCUCCUACUUGGUGGUUGCAUGUUACACGUGUGCGUGAGUGCAACUCUAUAUCGGCCUUUAGAGAAUAACUACGCGCCGGAAGAUUUGAAGAUACCAGAGAAAGAGGAAAAGGUCGAAUAUACAAAGGAAUUAGAAUCAGCAAAACAACAAAAGUUAGAUUUAAUAUUCGCUAACGAUUCGACUGCAAAGCAUAAUCUGUUGAACGAAUUAUUUCAUCAGAACAGUGUGGUGACGGUCGAACUGACAGACAGCGAUGAAGAGAAGGACGUGAUGGGUGAAGGUCUCCAGAUGAAACCAAUCUCGAAAAUACGUAGUUCAAGUAUAUUGCAUAGUGUCGAAGAUUUGUCGACCGAUUCUACGUGUGUAUACAAGGCCAGAUCAUCGUUAAGAUCACUAAAGUCGUCGAUUACGGUGGUAUGUCCAGAACGAACUUCAAUUCCUCAAAACGAAGCACAACUGCCGGAGGAAAAGAAAACAUUAAUGCAGAGAAUAACACAAUAUAUCGAUUUAUCUCUAUUAAAAAAUCCUCAAUUCAUCAUGAUGUGCUUUUCCGUUAGUCUGAUGUCAACUGGAAGUCCAUAUAUGCUUUAUUAUCUUCCGGCAUAUGUGCAUGCUGCUGGUUACACAAAGUCAGAAGCUGGAUACUUGGUAGCUAUUUCCGCCGCGCUUGAUUUAUGCGGAAGAUUAGGACUUGGAUGGCUUUCAGAUUUAAAGCUUUUUGAUCGACGGAAAGGAUAUAUCGGAAGUGUUGUGGGUGCUGGUGUAGCAGUACUGGCAAUUCCAAUGGCCCAUUCUUUCUAUGUGUUGGCAUGUUCCGUAGGCAUGUAUGGAUUAUGCUUAGGCUGUUGGUUUCUUUUGGUUCCCGUCCUUCUUGCAGACCAAUACGGAACUGAUAAAAUAUCUUCUACUUACGGUCUUGUUAGGAUGUUCCAGAGCGUCGGAGCAAUUUCUAUUCCGCCUUUAGCAGGAUAUCUACGUGAUGUAACCGGAAGUUACUCCGUAUGUUUCCUAUGCAUGGGCACAUGCAUGGUUAUGGGAGGUCUACCUCUACUUCUGAUUUUUAACGAAGUAUCGAAUUCAUCGAAGAUGACUGUUAAUAAUGUCAAGAACAGUAAUUGUCAAGGAGAAGCGAUUGCAAAAAAAUAAAGAUAUUUUGCGAAUGUGAUUGAAUGUGUAAUAGAAAUCUAAUAAAUCACCACAUUUGUCGCUACAAUUAUUCCACUAUGAUGUAUUAAUUGGUUCAGUGUAUUCGAAACGUUUACAUAAAAUACCUCGUUUGCUGCAGGUAAGGGUAAUUUUUGUAAGUUUUUAUAAAUGCACAUCUCUCUUAUUUUAUUGGUAAAUGACAUUUUCAUUUACAUUCAAAGUAAAAACGAAGAACAAACAUUCUUAUACAUAUACAUAUAUACACGAUAUAAAGAAUUACUUUAAAAAAAAUUGAUUUAUAUUUGUAAUUUGUCUUAUAUAUCACAUUAACACUAUGUACAUUAUAUUUACAUGUUACAUUAUGAUUAUUUGUAGAGAAUGAAGAAUUGCGGCAGAUCCUGCGAUGAAAGAAAUAAUCUUAGUAGGAAAUACAUAUUUUUCAUACAAACAGAUGUAAUUAAACACAGUGAUCUUUAAUAAAAAUUGUAUUCUUUUCA